AUGAUCUUCCAGGGCACCACUCCUGUGCCAGCCUCUGACGGAGGCAGCAAAGGACUUACUGUAGCCUCUGACGGAGGCAGCAUAGGACUUACUGUAGCCUCUGACGGAGGCAGCAAAGGACUUACUGUAGCCUCUGACGGAGGCAGCAAAGGACUUACUGUAGCCUCUGACGGAGGCAGCAUAGGACUUACUGUAGCCUCUGACGGAGGCAGCAUAGGACUUACUGUAGCCUCUGACGGAGGCAGCAAAGGACUUACUGUAGCCUCUGACGGAGGCAGCAAAGGACUUACUGUAGCCUCUGACGGAGGCAGCAAAGGACUUACUGUAGCCUCUGACGGAGGCAGCAAAGGACUUACUGUAGCCUCUGACGGAGGCAGCAAAGGACUUACUGUAGCCUCUGACGGAGGCAGCAUAGGACUUACUGUAGCCUCUGACGGAGGCAGCAUAGGACUUACUGUAGCCUCUGACGGAGGCAGCAAAGGACUUACUGUAGCCUCUGACGGAGGCAGCAUAGGACUUACUGUAGCCUCUGACGGAGGCAGCAUAGGACUUACUGUAGCCUCUGACGGAGGCAGCAAAGGACUUACUGUAGCCUCUGACGGAGGCAGCAUAGGACUUACUGUAGCCUCUGACGGAGGCAGCAUAGGACUUACUGUAGCCUCUGACGGAGGCAGCAAAGGACUUACUGUAGCCUCUGACGGAGGCAGCAAAGGACUUACUGUAGCCUCUGACGGAGGCAGCAAAGGACUUACUGUAGCCUCUGACGGAGGCAGCAAAGGACUUACUGUAGCCUCUGACGGAGGCAGCAAAGGACUUACUGUAGCCUCUGACGGAGGCAGCAAAGGACUUACUGUAGCCUCUGACGGAGGCAGCAAAGGACUUACUGUAGCCUCUGACGGAGGCAGCAAAGGACUUACUGUAGCCUCUGACGGAGGCAGCAAAGGACUUACUGUAGCCUCUGACGGAGGCAGCAAAGGACUUACUGUAGCCUCUGGCGGAGGCAGCAAAGAACUUCCUGCAGCCUGCGAGCGGGUUAUAGGAACCUCCAGCGUGAAGUUUGACAUUGCCUGUGACCAGAGUAUGAGUCUGGCUGAAGGCGAGGAGGUAAAGUUCGUUCCCUUAAAUAAUAGGCGAAGUUUGAAGAUUUCCAAUGUGCAAGAGAUUGGUACAACUGUAAUGCACAAGGGCAAUAAAUAA